AGUCCCGGGUUGCCUGUCGCUGGGUAAUGGUCUUCCAUUAAACAUAACUGAGACCCAGUGUUUGCGUUUUUGGCUAUCAUUAAAGUUGCAAAGCACACAUUCCUUGAGGCUGUGAUUAUAUUUAUAAUUUUGUGAAGGAGAAAUGUAAAAAAAAAUAUGUCCACAUAUUUCAAUGUUAUGUUUUUUACAUAAAUUAUGUGAAUGGCCCCAGGAGCAAAUGCUAUUAUCGUGAGAUCAUCAAUGUAUAUUGAAAAUUGGCUCGACCAUUUUUCGCGAAUCGAUAAUAAGCGAUGACAAACAAGAUUCCAGCAUGAUGAUAAAGCCAAACUCUUCUCUUCCGAAACCGUCCGAAGCACACUUCGACUUGCCAUAACUUCCAAUUAUUCAAAAAUUUAGUUUUGCUUGAAACGUCCCCCUUGGAUUCUUAGAAAAUGCACGCCAAUGCUGCCUCUGAUCGCGGCGGAUCAUGGAGACUACCACCCGAUGAGACAUUACAGGUUCAAGAUCCGAAAGUAAAAGACCAAGACUUGGAUCUUGACGAAGGACACAACUGGCGCAGUAUUAUAUUCUCUCUGUUAGUUAUUAGUUUUGUAAUAGCUGGCAUUAUAACUGCUAUAUAUUUGUUGGGGUAUGUGGACGAACUCCUUUAUUGGUCUGGUCGUCGCAUGAUUCUCGAUGAAUAUUUACAAGGAGAGUUGACGCCGACUCGAUUGCAGCCAUCCUGGGUGACAACGAAGAAAUAUGUAUUUCAAUCCGAUGACGGUGGACUCUCCAUAUUGGACACAACAACGAACUCAAUCAAUAUUUUAGUUACCAAUCACACCAUUCGUCAAUUAAAUGUUAGGGGCUAUCAGUGUUCGCACGAUCUUAACUAUGUGCUCUUCAGGCAUAAUGUGAAAAAAAUAUUUCAGAAAUCGUUUACUGCGUUUUACACAAUCUAUGAUGUGGAUAAUGACCACCAUAUGCCGGUCAAGUUAAAAGACUCAUCGAAGGUGCAACGAACUCGACUUCAAUAUGCGUCCUGGCUGGGAAACACAACAUCAAUCAUUAUUGUAGCUGACAAUGAUAUAUUUGUAAGACAAUCGCCAUCGAUGGAGGAGGAUAUAAGGAUAACUACAACUGGCCAUGAAAAUCAUAUAUAUAAUGGAGUACCAGAUUGGCUCUACCAGGAGGAAAUUUUUGAUAUUCCUGAAGCAAUUUGGUCAUCCAUGGAUGGUAGUCACUUUAUGUUUGCCUUAUUUAAUGAUACGCAUGUGGGGAUGAUGACAUAUCCAUGGUUAGCAUCUGGAGCCAUAAUCGCUGGUAGCGGUAUGACAUCGGGAAGCUCAUUUCCUGAAACGAAAAAUGUACGUUACCCAACGCCAGGCACUGCCAAUCCAGAAGUUCAAAUGUGGAUCGUCGACAUUACAAGUUUUGUAUCCAUCUCUAAAAUGGAAUUGAGACCACCACCUUCUUUAAAUGGACAAGAUUUUUAUCUAACAUCGGCCAGUUGGGUAUCCGGUAGCAAUAAUCAGGUAUCUGUCGUUUUUAUGAUACGCUCCCAAAAUUAUAGUAUAAUCGCAACAUGCUCAAAAGAACACAAUUGGACAUGCGUUGAAAUACAUUCCGAGCGUGCUCCUGAAGAUGAAUGGCUAGAUAUUUUUCCCCAUCCAGUGUUUGCUCCGGAUGGCAACAGUUUCUUACUGCUCGCAGGGAUUCAAGAGUCGGGAAAUGAUCAUUUCACCCAUAUUAAACACAUAACCAUUUCACAGCAAAGGAUAUCAGUGAUAUCGCAUGGCCGCUAUGAGGUCUUAAAAAUCUUGUGCUGGGAUACAACGAAUCAUGUGGUUUAUUAUCUUGCCACUCAAGACAAAAAACCUGGCCAGAGGCAUCUAUAUUCAGUUAAGGAUCCCGUACAUGAUGAUACUAGAAAAAGCGAACCUCAAUGCAUCACUUGCGACCUGGGCGAGGCUCUGUGGAGUAGCAGGUAUUACUAUACGAAUUGUUCCCACUUUGAUGCCUUCAUCACACCCACAACUGGCACUGCGACAAACUAUGGAAUUGAUUUCUACAUUUUGGAGUGUCAAGGUCCGGGAUUACCCGUCUCGGGUGUGCACGCGCAGAAAACCCACAGUCUCGUUAAGAUAUUGUAUGAUACACGGCCCUUCUACACGGAAAGGUUGCAGAAACUUGCACUACCCAUUCAAAGGUCAUUCGAAAUUCCAUUGCCCCAUGGUAGCCGAGCCCAAGUGCAAUUACUUUUGCCACCUAGCUGGCGGGAAGAACUCCGAGACGCAGCAUUUCCAGUUGUUGUUGAAGUAAAUGGUCGACCAGGCUCCGAGUCUGUCUCGGAAAAGUUUCGAAUAGAUUGGGGUACAUACAUGUCCUCCAGAAAUGAUGUUAUCUACGUUCGCUUGGAUGUACGAGGAGCAAAAGGUCAAAGCAAAAAAUCUAUUUACCGUCAUCUGGGUGGAGUCGAAGUUCAGGAUCAAAUUUCUGUUUUGAGAUAUCUUCUGGACACUAUAAGUUUUUUAGAUGAGACUAGAGUUGGUAUUUGGGGUUGGGGCUAUGGGGGCUAUGUGACCUCAAUGGUACUGGGCACCCAACAGGACGUCUUCAAGUGUGGCAUAUCUAUUUCCCCUAUCGCAGAUUGGCUCUACUAUAACUCUGCGUUUACUGAGCGUAUAUUGGGCAUGCCUGCCGAAAACUACAAAGGAUAUGUAGAGGCAGAUGCAACGCAACGAGCUCGCCUAAUCAAAUCAAACUCAUUCUUUUUGAUUCACGGCUUGGCAGACUCAACUGCACCGUAUGUGCAUGGUGUUCAACUAGCCAAAUCAUUAACAGAAGCAAAUAUAUUAUAUCGAUAUCAGACUUAUGCUGAUGAAGGCCAUGAUCUGAAUGGUGUCUUAGAGCAUGUGUAUUCGUCUAUGGAACAUUAUUUUGCAGAGUGCUUGAGCUUGGAUCCGGAUGAUACUAAGCCAGAUCUAGAUCAAAACAUGGUACCUGCUGAGUAGCAGGCUUAAAAAAAGAAAAACAAAAACAUUUUUAUAUGUAAAUAGAGUAGAUUAAUUAUUAUAAUAUUAUGCAGAAAUUUAAAAUGUUAUACUAUUACAAAUACACUGGUUGUUUUCCAAAGAAGGAUAUAUUAUAGAUUAUAGCAUGGCUCAUGUAAUGCUUUGUACUUCCAAAUAUAUUAAGUAUUCAUAUUAACGUCCUCAAUCUUCCAGUUAUACAUAAUAUCCUCUCGAUGAUUGUAUUAUGUAUCUUCCAAUCCAUUUUAUCUUUUCCUUUUUGUAUAUAUAUUUCUUUCAUAGCGAGCCAUAAUUGUGUAUUUUCUUUUUAUAUUUGAUUUAUAACAGCCAUGUUAAUGUUGAAAUACAAAAGUAAACGCUUCCUUUACUCGACCUUCCCAAAGAUAUAUUAUAAUAACACAAUAAGAAAAUAGCUUGAUUUUGCUAUUACCACUUGAAAAAAUGUUUUUUUCAAUGAUAUCGCUAACAAAAUUUAUCAAAGUCUAACAAAAAAAAAAAAACUAAUUGUCGUGAAUUUAUGAAUGGCAGAGGUUUUUAGCAGAAGACUAUCAAAAGUGCUU